GGUGGGGUGAACUUGUGCUGCUCUGCAGCUCUUGUGGCCACCGACUGGUCACUGGUCAGUCAUACAGAGUACAGACAGAGUACAGAGGAACACAAAACAUAUCCAUCCGGCAUUCCCGCGCAAAAAGGGGAAGAUCUUCAAUAUAUCUUCCUCUUUCCCGGUAUCAAUGCAGGAAAUCAAGUAUGUGGAAAGUUUGUUGUCAUGCCGUGAAAUCCUAUUGAACCAUACGAAGUAUCCUAUCUCCCUCCGAGCCUCCCAUGGUGUACCCAUCUCUUCGGAUACUUCCUUAUCAUAAUUCCUUGUGUUCCCGCUUUGAUCCGUUCGCCUUACGAAGCUAUCCAGAAUCAAUUUCCACUAUCGCUGUCUUGGCGCUUCGUCAUACCUCACCUAUCAGGUAUCACCAAUUGAUGGCCCAGAGUACAUCACGUGAUCUUGGUGGGGUUGAUUGAUCUCUCGGAUCUCGUCCGAUCGAUACCUCCGCUGAAGCUCCGAUUGUUUCUGUACGUUGUGCUUUUCGAGUCAGGAAUUCAUUAUUGAAUCCGACAUUGAUUCGAGCGUCUUGAGUUUAUCUUUUACACGAUACCCCUUUUACCCGUUUGAGUUAUGGCUUCACCAAAAUAUCUUACUGGCGAUCAAUCUGCCAUAAAUCAUUUUAUUGAUCAAUUUGAUGUCUUUCUAUUUGAUUGCGAUGGUGUUCUUUGGUCCGGAGAUCAUAUCUUUCCAGGGACGGUCGAGACCCUGGAAUUGUUGAGAUCCAAAGGCAAGAAAGUUGUCUUUGUAACAAAUAAUUCCACAAAAUCGAGAACCGAAUAUCAGAAGAAGCUUACAGCCCUUGGUAUACCAAGCAACGUUGAUGAAAUCUUUGGCUCAGCCUACUCCUCCGCAAUUUACAUCUCUCGAAUUCUCAAACUUCCAGCGCCCAAGAAUAAAGUCUUUGUUUUGGGUGAAAGUGGUAUCGAAACAGAAUUGAAAACAGAAGGAGUGGAAUUUAUUGGAGGAACAGAUCCAGCAUACCGUCGCGACAUUACACCAGAAGAUUAUAAAGGAAUCGCAGAUGGCUCAUUACUCGAUGAUGAUGUUGGCGUAGUUUUGGCUGGCUUAGAUUUUCACAUCAAUUAUCUCAAGUUGUGUCAUGCUUACCAUUAUCUUCGUCGAGGUGCAGUAUUCUUGGCUACGAAUACCGACAGCACUUUACCAUCAAACCACACAUUCUUCCCUGGUGCUGGAUCCAUUUCAAUUCCAUUAAUCAACAUGAUAGGAAAGGAACCAACGGCUUUAGGUAAACCAAACCAAGCAAUGAUGGAUUCGAUUGAGGGGAAAUUCCAAUUCGAUCGUAAGAAGACAUGUAUGGUUGGAGAUCGAUUAAAUACAGAUAUUAAGUUUGGUAUUGAAGGAAAACUUGGUGGUACAUUAGCCGUUUUAACGGGAGUCUCCAAAAAGGAGGAAUGGGAGGCUGAAAAUGCUCCAGUAGUACCUGCGUACUAUGUUGAUAAAUUGAGUGAUUUGAGGGGUUGAGAUGUGGACAAUUGUGGAGUAAUAUAGAGUGAUAGAGGGGUAAAAUAUAUGCAAUAUUACAACAUGGAAGUAACGAUAUGAUCAGUCCCUUACGCAGUAGAGUAGAAGAUGAAUGGAACCCAUGAAAGAAGGCAGAUAGAUAGUUGAAUGAUUGGAAGAGAAGAAAAUCGGUGUUAAGGAGAGGAGUUCGGAUAAAUGACUAGUCAGGGAGUGAAAGACGUGGUAAAUCUAGCCCCUCUAUUCAACGAUACAUAGAAAUAGAAUCAUUCCCGAGCGAUUGAGACAAAGUUUCUGUAUGGGUGGUAUUGAUCGACGGAUUAUUUUCUUCUUGUAACUUCCUUAUUUUGAAUAUCAUCGAAUGAUUUUCA